AUGAUGACACGACAAGGUAUGUUCACGGCUGAUGCACUUCCAGAAGCGACAACAUUCCGGGAGGACGAGAUCAGUGUAUUAAUAGGGUCGGACAUCUACUGGGACGUGGCAACCGGACAAACACCCAGGCUUUCCCCUCAGAUAACAGCGGCAGAAACCCUUUUUGGAUGGACCAUUCAGGGUACUCCGAGCAACCUAGCGCAAGGAUCGAGAACGCGAGCUUCUUCUCUCUUCAUCGCUGUCAAAGAAGUCACUGAAAGCGAUACCGCCCUGUACAUGCGAAUUGCCAAGCUAUGGUGCAUCGACUCUCUAGGUGUGCAAGACAGUCCUGACGGCAGCCAAAGCGACAGCAUCGCCCUUGAAUUGUUCGAAAAUGACGUGCCCAACAAAGGAGAGCGCUACGAGGUUCCCCUUCUUCUUCGGGAGCCUGGUCUGGAAACCGGACAAAGGUACUACGACCUCGCUAAACAGCGGCUCCUGAUGCGGCUCCGUCGCUUCCGACGGCAACCAGAUCUUCUUGUUCGUUAUGACGACACCAUCAAGGGAUACUUAAAUGAAUCCCACGCAGAACGAGUUCCAGACAACGACACGGUGCCCAAGCCCAACACGUACUAUAUGCCGCAUCAUGGAGAAAUUUGUCGUGAUGCCGCCACCACCAAGCUUCGGGUUGUUUUUGACGCGUCAUCUCAUGCUCCCGGUCAACCAUCCUUGAACAACGUGCUCAUGAAGUGGCCUAAGAUGGAUGACGACUUACUUAAACUUUUGUUCAACUUCAGAAUGCAUCCAAUAAUCAUGGUGGCUGACAUUAAGAAGGCGUACCUUCAAAUCAGCAUUCGCCCGGAGGACAGAGACGCGCUGCGUUUCCUAUGGGUUGCUCAUCUCCCGACGGAACACGAACCAUUUCCGCCAAUCGUUCAGUGGCGAAUGACCCGCGUGCCCUUCGGCGCUAAGUCCAGCCCCUUUCUCCUAGCAGCAACGUUACAUCACCAUUUCCGAGUCUCCGAAGAGCGAUUCCCCGAAACAGUGGAAUGCCUCCGACAAUCAUUUUACGUCGAUGAUUUAGUGGUCGGUGCGGACAACCUGCAGACGGCUCAACGGAUUUAA